GAUGGGGCGGGAGCGGCCUCUGUGGCUCGCCUGGGUGGCUCUGUGGAGCGGGGCCUGCGCGCAGGCGAAGACGGUGCAGGGGGGCUUCUCCAGCGCCAGGGCCCGGGCUGGCCAGGUAGUGGCGCAGUUCCAGUUCCACGGUGAUUGUGCUCUUCUGUAUGUCAGAAUCAACAACGUAGCAACAGCUGUCGAAAAAGAAGCGAAGCUUCACCUGUUUCAAGCUAAGGAAUGGCUAAAGCUACAAGAAAGCAACCAGGAAUACAGUUGUAAAGAAAAAUUGUCUAAAGCCCAGUUGAUAAGGGGGCUUCCUCCUCAUCUUCUUACCCCACCGCCAUCCAAUUAUAAGCUGACUGGAAAUGAAGCCAGGAAUUCAGUGAACAUGAAUGCCACGGAACAAAAUGUGACGGUGUCCCAAGUUCCAUAUCCAGACACAUGGGUUGCUUUUUAUGUUGACAAGUUUACCUGUGCAGAGACUUAUGAGAACUCCGAAUCUGAGGAUGUUGAGUUUGAAAUGAUGUUACUAAACCCAGACGCAGAGGGGAAUCCAGUGGAUCACUUUAGUGCAGGAGAAUCCGGCCUACAUGAAUUCUUCUUCCUGCUUGUCCUGGCAUACUUUGUCGCUGCUUGCAUAUAUGCUCAGUCGCUGUGGCAAACUAUUAAGAAAGGAGGACCUAUGCACACAGUAUUGAAAGUGCUCUCCACGGUUUUGCUGCUGCAGGCUGCUUCUGCUUUUGCAAACUAUCUGCAUUUUUCCAGUUACUCUAAAAAUGGAGUAGGAACACCUUUUAUGGGAAGCCUUGCAGAAUUGUGUGACAUAAUCUCCCAGAUGCAGAUGCUGUACUUACUGCUGAGUUUGUGCAUGGGGUGGACAAUAGGCAGGAUGAAGAAAUCUCAGAGCAAACCUCUCCAGUGGGAUUCCACUCCCACGUCCACUGCUAUCGCUGCCAUCGUCGUUGUGACCCAGAGUAUUUUACUGAUCUGGGAGCAGUUUGAAGAUACUGAUCACCACAGCUACCACUCACACCAAAGUUUAGCAGGUGGGCUUCUCAUUGGUUUGAGAAUUUGCCUUGCUCUGUCACUCGGCUGCAGUCUUUACCAGAUCAUCCGAAUUGAGAGAAGUACACUGAAAAGAGAAUUCUAUAUCACCUUCACAAAGGGCUGUAUACUUUGGUUUUUAUGUCAUCCAUGUCUUGUAUCCAUAUCUCUAAUGUUUAGAGAUUACCAGCAAGAGAAGAUUAUUACCAUAGGUGUCAUCCUGUGCCAGUUGUUCUCCAUGGUUCUGCUGUAUCGACUCUUUGUCUCACACAGUCUUUACUGGGAGGUGUCCUCCUUUUCCUCCGUAACAUUGCCGUUAACUGUAGCAUCUGGGCAUAAAAGUCGCCAUCACUUUUGAGAUGUGUUUGGGAGAUCCACUCAUAAAGGUGCAAUAAUAUGGACUUGGAAAGCAUGCAGCUAUUUUCAGCAGUAACUCUACCACAAGGUUUUUCUGAAAUUGCUGAAUAAGUAAAAUGCAAUAUUUCGCUGUCACUGGGUCACAACAAAUGUAGACAAUACAGUGAAUUUCAAAGUCAGUGACGAACAAAUGUGAUGGUCUUACUAUUUUGGACAAAGAUAAAGCAAAUUCUUAUCCAGUUCUUUCACUCCAAAACUGCCUCAUUUGAUAUUAGAACAAGAUUCAUAUUUCAGUAACGAGGAACUUAAACUGAUUGCAUUGAAAGGUUUUGCAAUUAAAAUAAUGGUCUAAAAUUGCUUUAAAACAAAAUGCACAUAAAUUUAAAAUGACUUGAACAUUGUAAAAAGUCCAGGAGACCAGUGUAAAAUGUUUACAGUGAACUGUAGUUCUCAUUUAUUUGUUGUUUUUAAAAAAUAAAUAAAAGAGUACUUUCUUGCCUUGA